GCAGCACGUCGCGGCGAUCGUUCAGCGCGCCUGAGCAUUAUAACCUUUGCGUAGAAAACCUCGAUUUCACCGACGCAUAACUAAUUGCGUGUCAUAAGUGGAUGAUAUAUUUCAUCAGACAGUGAGUUGAAAGUGAUUGGCGGCGGAUUUGAAUACGAUAUCCAUUAUUAGGAAACAAAUCAUAUAUUAUUUGUGUGGAAACGUUGAAAUGGCAGCAAAAACAACAACGAAACCUCAGGAAAGUUGGCAACUUAGCAAAGCAUACCUCGUGGCCUACAAUGGUACGCAGAUCGUUGGCUGGACAUAUAUGCUUUUGCAUACGUUGGGUUAUUUCUUGAAUCGUGGGACCCUCGAUAACUUCUGGAAGGAGAUCAGCUGGAACCUGGUAAUUUUUCAAAAUGCUGCAGCGUUAGAAGUUCUACACGCGGUAUUGGGGAUUGUACCCACCGGUGUCUUCUUGACACUCACACAAGUAACAUCUAGAGUAUUCCUUGUCUGCGGCGUGCUACUUGUGUCAGAUGCAGCAACUAUAAGCCCUGGCAUAGUCUUGUGUGUGCUCGCGUGGUCAGUCACCGAAAUAAUCCGAUACGGUUAUUAUGUAGCCAACGCGAUCGGCCAACCGCCACCGCUGCUGAUGCUGCUACGAUACUCAACAUUCUUCCUGCUCUAUCCACUUGGAGUUACUGGAGAGAUACUGUGCAUAUACGACUCUAUGAAGGAUAUUGCUGCCCGUCAGUUUUGGGCAGUACCACUGCUGUCAAACUACGUUACUAUAGCUAGCCAGUACCACAUAAUCUUUAGCAUGUUAUACCAUUACUUCCUUAUUUGUUGGAUGUUGUUGUACAUACCUAUGUUCCCGAUGUUAUUUGGACAUAUGAUGCAACAGAGGAAGAAGGUAUUAUCCAAAUUUAUGAAAUCAUGUUGAAAAGAAUCGAACUACGUGUACAAUAUUGUAUAUAGAUAAUGUUAUUGGUACUAUUUAUUAUGGCUUAUGUAAAAUAUUAUUUAAGUUUAGUGCUAAGAGGUUAAUUAGCAAGAAUUUUUUCGUAGGUAUAUACCGGGUGUCGCCUGUAAUAUGAGCAAAAAUGUAACUGUAGGCUGUACUCCUCAUACUGAUCAACAUUUGUUCAGCGACUUUUGAAAAUAACUUGUAGUUUGAUUUUUAAUGCUCUUUAAAGGUUAUUCAAAGACGCAAUGUAUUAUAAAUUUUGUUAUGUUUAAGGCUUGACAAACAACGUCAAUCACAAUGAUAUGGCGUGGCGAUGGCGUCAAUUGAAUAUAAUAUUUAUUUUGUAUGAAAAAUAGGGAGUCUAAAUACUUCAUAAUUUUUAAAAGAUGUUCAACAAAAGUGUCACCUUUUGAGAAGUACAAUCUAUGUUUUAAUUAUUUGCUCAUGUUACAGGCCACACCCGGUAUAUACUUAAUUGAUGUAUGGACUAUUCAAGAAGUAUUUGUUUUUCAAUCCAAUUUCAAAAUAAUCAAUGUUUGUCUAUUCUGCAUUUGAUAUUUUGUAUGCGAAGUGUCCUUCACACAAUUAUCAAAAUAAUCCAAUUCGAAAAUACCUAUACAAGUAAAUUUACUUUUAAAUCAUUGUAAGUGCUACGAAUACAAGGUGUUGAUUAGUUAAGUUUAAAAAAAGGAGUCAGUCGAAAAAAUACCUCAAAUUUAGGGGUUUUCACUUGGGUUUCUGAGUUGAAGCUAGUUUCCGUUUUCCUGAUAACACUAAUACUCUAAGACUUACACGUAAGCCCGUUUUCGUCAAUGAGGCAUAAAUAAUGUUUUAAUAUACUUGAACAUGCUUAGUUAUUUUGUAUUGUUGUGAUUAACAAAAAUACUAGAGCUACGUAAAUUAGUUUUGGUACAUUUUUGCAAAAGAUCUAGAAUACUCAUAACAUUAGCAAUGUGCCCAUAUGCAUGACCUAAUUACCUACUAUUUUUUGUGAAGAAACAAGCAAUUUAAAUAAAUUAAUGUAACUUAAUACCUACCGUAAAAGUAUAAAAAAAAAUCCCUUUAACUUAACUUUACCCACCGCGUCACAGUUCAGUAAAAGCGAAAUAGGUAAGUACCUACACAACUUAAAAGUAGUUACAGAUACACUUUCUGAAGAAAGUGACGCGGUGGGCAAAGUUAUGUUAAAUGGCAAAGUUUUAUACUUUUACGGUAUUGUAGCAAUUCUAUUACAAGGUGAUAAAUCUAAAAAGGACUGUAUUUUUGAUUCGUUAACUAUGUAUAUUGCAUUUAAAUUAUUAUGUUGUAAGUUUGAAUAAAUUUUAAUUUUGAU